GUUAGCUUCUGGGGUGGGCCGUGCGUUCUGACGGGAGGUCGUGCCCGAAGCCAAAAUGAGCAGCACAUCUUAGUCUAAAGUGUUCACUGCCGGGAGCCCUGCCUUAGGAGAGGCCUUUAGAACAUUUUAGAAGGGGUGUUGGUGUUGGUGGAGAAGUCGGGUCUCGGCUCUAGAGCGGUGUUCUAGAAAAGCGGGGCAGCCACGAUUUCACCCCCAGGGCUGAAGGCUCCCCACCCCUGGCGCAGGGACCCUUCACCUGCAGGCUGGAGUCCAGCAAACGAGAAAGAUUUGCUCGAGUGGCUCCGUAAAGAGAAUGCCGGGAGGGUAAAUUGAGGUGGAUUCUGCCAGGGUUCAAAGUCCUCCCUGGUCAAAGCCUGGUGGUGCUGAAUAUCAGACGCUGGGGAUAAGAAAACAAGAGGAAGGCAGCCACAUUUAUACUCUGGACCAUCUGGAGGCAUUUAACUGCUCGCUGUGGGACAUAAUAUAAGUUUUAGAAAAUGUGGGCCGGGAGGUUUUUCCAAGCCCUCCUCGACCACCAUGCCGGGAAGCCACGAAUCCUCCAGCGGUUUCGGCUUCGCUCUCUGACCUCGAUGUUGGGCAGGACGUCUUCUUCCUGUCCGUACAAAGCUGUCAUCUUUGAUAUGGGUGGCGUCCUCCUGCCUUCCCCAUUCAGAGUGGCUGCAGACUGGGAGGUUCGGAAUCGUGUCCCCACCGGCACCAUCGUGCAGGCGAUAAUAUCGGGAGGGAAGGACGGAUCCUGGAUGAGGUACAUGAGAGGGGAGCUGACACCAGCCGAGUUUCUUCAGGAGUUUGGGCAGCAGUGCUCCAUGAUCGCAAAUGCCUCUGUUCCGGUGGAUUCCUUCUUUUCCGAAUUAACCGGCCACCAAAUGUCAGAACAGCACCCUGUUAUGACCGAAGCGAUAAAGUGCCUCCGAUCUGAAGGGCUCAAGACCGCUGUUUUGAGUAACAAUUUUUAUCUGCGCAGCGGCGAAAGCUUCCUGCCCCUCGACCGAAAGCAGUUUGAUGUGAUCGUCGAGUCCUGCCGGGAACGGGUGUGUAAACCAGAUCCUCGGAUCUACGAAAUUUGCCUGGAGCGCUUGGGGGUUCCUGCCAAGGAGUCCAUCUUCCUGGAUGACAUUGGGCAGAACCUGAAAACUGCGGGUCAGCUUGGCAUGAAAACGGUGAAGGUUGAAGACCCGGCCUCUGCUAUCCGCGAGUUAGAGAGCCAUCUGGGUUUCCCUCUGCGGGCGUUUGCCCCUUACACGUGUCCUGUGCGGCCGACAAUGGAGAUCCCCAAAGAGCCCCUCGAGAAAUACCUUAGGAAUGUUUUAGGAGUUCAGGCAAAAGGGCCUCUGAUGCUGCGACAGUUCAGCCACGGGCAGUCCAAUCCAACAUACUACCUCAGUCUGGGAGAUUUUCAGCUGGUUUUGAGGAAGAAACCGCCCGGCAAACUUUUGCCCUCAGCUCAUGCUGUGGAGAGAGAGUACAGGGUUAUGAAGGCCCUUGCUGAGGCUGGCGUUCCAGUGCCCAAGGUCUUGGCCUUAUGUGAAGAUUCCAGCAUCAUCGGCACCCCUUUCUACAUCAUGGAGCACUGCAACGGCCGGAUCUUCAAGGAGCCCUCGCUUCCAAAGCUGGAGCUGAGCCAGCGGGGUGAGAUUUAUAGGGCCAUGAACGAGGUCCUCUGCAAGAUCCACAGCGUGGACGUGAAGGCGGCUGGCCUGGAAGACUACGGGAAACAUGGUCACUACAUUGAGCGGCAGGUCCAGACCUGGGGCAAACAAUACCGGGCCACCGAGACGCACACCAUCCCGGCCAUGGAGAGGCUCCUGGAGUGGCUCCCGUCCCAUCUGCCAGCCCGCGAACGUCUGUCCGUUGUGCACGGAGAUUUCAGGUUGGAUAACCUCAUCUUCCACCCGGAGAAGCCAGAGGUGGUCUCCGUCUUGGACUGGGAGCUUUCCACCCUGGGCAACCCUCUUUCUGACGUGGCGUACAGCUGCCUGGUCUACUAUUUGCCCUCUCACUUCAGCAUCUUAAAAGGGUUGAGGGACCUCGACCUUCACCAGCUGGGCAUCCCCACAGCCGAGGCCUACGUCCAGAUGUAUUGUGAGCGCAUGGGCAUGCAGCCGGUGGAGGACUGGAACUUCUACAUGGCCUUCUCCUUCUUCAGAAUCGCUGCCAUCCUGCAGGGAGUGUACAAGCGCUCACUCACAGGUCAGGCCAGCUCGGACACAGCCAGAAGCGGCGGGAAACAGGCCGAGUUCAUGGCGAACCUCGCCUGGGACUUUGCCACGAAAGAGGGCUUCCGGGUCUUCAAAGACUCCCCCGUCUCCCUGCCUCCCAGCCGGCCGUUCAGCACGUGGGCCGACCCGAGGCGAUGGCAGCCAAGGAGGGACUAUUCCACGCAGGCACCCACGUCCCAGUCCCACUUGGUUCUCUCUCCCGACGGGCUUCCAAGUCAUGUCCAGGAUUUGUAUCACAAGCUCAAAAAGUUCCUAGAGGCCCACAUCUACCCCUCCGAGCAGCUUCUGCGAGACCACCAGGCCUCCUCGGAGAGAUGGACGCCCCACCCACUCACAGAAACCCUCAAGGAGAAGGCCAAGUCUGAGGGUCUCUGGAACCUUUUCCUGCCUCUGGAGAGCGAUCCCGAGGUGAAGUACGGAGCAGGCCUGACCAACGUGGAGUACGCCCACCUGUGCGAGCUGAUGGGGACGUCGGUUUAUGCGCCCGAGGUGUUCAACUGUUCGGCCCCAGACACCGGCAACAUGGAGGUGCUAGUGCGUUACGGCACGGACGCGCAGAAGGAGCGCUGGCUGCAGCCCCUGCUGGAAGGCAAGAUCCGCUCGUGCUUCGCCAUGACUGAGCCGCAGGUUGCUUCCUCUGAUGCCACCAACAUCGAGGCUUCCAUUGUCGAGGAGAAAGACGCCUACAUCCUGAACGGGCGGAAGUGGUGGAUUUCAGGCUCCCUGGACCCCUGCUGCAAGCUCUGCAUCUUUAUGGGCAAGACGGACCCCACCGCUCCCAGGCACCGGCAGCAGUCGAUGGUCCUGGUUGCCAUGGACACCCCGGGAAUCACCGUCACCAGGCCCCUCAGUGUCUACGGCUUGGAGGACGCUCCAGCCGGCCACGGGGAGAUCACCUUUGAAAACGUCCGCGUCCCUAAGGAGAACCUCUUGCUGGGCCCCGGCCGAGGCUUUGAAAUAGCCCAAGGCAGGCUGGGCCCGGGAAGGAUCCACCACUGCAUGAGGCUGAUCGGCUCCGCAGAGAGAGCACUGGCUCUCAUGAAAGAACGGGUAGCCUCUCGUGUGGCCUUCGGGAAGCCCCUGGCUGAACAGGGCACCAUCAGGGCUGACAUUGCCGAGUCCCGCAUGGAGAUCGAGCAGGCCCGGCUCCUUGUCCUAAAGGCCGCCCACCUCAUGGACACCGUCGGGAAUAAGGAGGCAGCUUGUGAGAUUGCCAUGAUCAAAGUGGUGGCUCCGAGGGUGGCUCAGCGUGUCAUCGACCGGGCGAUCCAAGCCUUUGGAGCCGCUGGGCUCAGCAACGACCAGCCGCUGGCACAAGCUUUUGCCUGGGCACGAGCCCUCCGCUUGGCUGAUGGCCCCGACGAAGUCCACCGGGCAGCCGUCACUAAAAUGGAAUUGAAAACAACAGCAAAGAGAGGACCGGCGGCGGAUUGAAGUCCUGGCGGCUGCAGUUGACAUAAAAAGAGUCUCUUGGAUAAAGGGCUCCGUAGACCAAGCGGGUCUCUUUAUGGUUUGGCCUCCCAACUGAUUUCUCUGGGUCGCUGCAGCACACAGAACUCUGCCGAUUACGGGCGGGUGGGGAAAUAGAUCGCAGGGAAAUGAUGCACGUGAGAUUCAACCCAAUCCUCACUGAUGCUGCUUGGGUUGUGUGUCCUUGAAUAUAUACUGGGGGAACACCCAGAAUUCACUGACAGCUGGAACCUUUCUGUUUUUCUUGACUGCCAAGACAAGAAAGGUGUUUUGUUUUGUUUUUUUUGCCCAGUCCCCUUUGAGGAGACUCGGCUACUAUGCAAGCCAAUGUUUGUCUUUAUAUUCUGCUUUUUGGCAUCCUUUUUGGUGGGGGGGGGGCAGAGAAGAUGUUACUGAUACCACCCACCAUUAUUACCCCCACCCCAUGGACUCUGCCAGACAACUGUUAUCCGGUUUCACACCCUGAUGGCCAUUCACUGAGAGAUUUAUCACAAGAGUGGAAAUCAACAGACUUGAUUCUGAAUUAGCAAAAUAAACAUGGUUGCCUUUGGA